AUGCUGCAGAAGUGCCUUCCGAACGUGCCGGAAACAAGGCAGAAGACUGGCAACGAGAUGCAGCUUUUAGAGCCCCGCGUGGAGGAGCUGAAGCAGAAGGCCAGGCGGACCGACCUUUUAGAGUCCUGUCCGCCACGCCGGUCCCGCGCGGAAAAGCGCCACAUGGACGCCUCGGGCGCGCCCCAUGCGGCCGGCGGCCGCUCCGUUGAGCUCAGCGCGGUGCGGCGCUGCGUGGUGAAGGUCUUCGUGCGAAGCUCUCAGCCCAACUGGACCUCGCCGUGGCAGCGGCGCCCGCAGCGUGCGGGGAGCGGCUCUGGCUUUUGCAUCAAUGCGAGCCGCCGACAGAUCCUCACGAAUGCGCAUGUGGUGGGAGAUGCGGUCACGGUGCGCGUGCGCCGCUACGGGCAUGCUGCGCGGUAUCCCGCCAAGGUGCUCUGCAUCUCGCCGCAAGUGGAUUUGGCGCUGCUAGAGGUGCCGGCGGAGGCCUUCUGGGAAGCUCCGCCGGCCCUGAGCUCCGUGGAACUGUCGGAGGAGGUUCCGGAGCUGGACAGCGACGUGCUGACGGUGGGCUACCCCUUGGGCGGAGAGAACAUCUGUGUGACUCGAGGGGUGGUGUCCAGAAUCGAUCUGAUGGACUACACCUUCUCACCAGUAGGCGGUGAGCGACAGCUGGUCAUGCAGGUCGAUGCUGCGAUCAACCCCGGCAACUCCGGUGGCCCCGUGCUGGACGCCAGCGGAAAGGCGGUGGGUGUGGCCUUUGCCAAGUUGCAGAGCAGCGCAAACAUCGGCUACGUGAUUCCAGGCUCUGUGGUGCGCUACUUCCUCCGGGGCGUGGCGCGCUGCCGCAGCCCGGUGCUUUGCGCUCUGGGCGUCCGCUUGCAGCCCGCGCGGAGCGCCGCCCUGCGAGCCUGGCAUGGCCUGGACGGUGGAACCCUACAAACCAAGCCACCUGGCGCUUCAGAUCCGCAGGAGACGGAGGAUGGCGCUUUGGUCGUAGAUGUGGCGCCCCUGUCGGCGGCUGCGCAAGCUGGUCUCAAGGCGGGCGAUGUGCUGCUAGCCAUCGAUGAUGUGCCUGUGGCGGAGGAUGGCUCCAUCCCCUUCCGCGACGCUGAGCGAAUUGGGUUCGACUUUUUGGUCUCCCGGCGCGUGACGGGAGAUCUCUUCAGUGGCUUGGGCUCGUGUGAAGGUGUGGAGAUCGGAGGCCGAGGAGAGGGUGAUUUCUCCGCAGUGCAGCUCCACUUUCCGCUUCACCACUACGAGAAGGCCUUGCAGGUGCACGUCUCGGCGAAGCCGUUGCCGCAGCUGGUGCCGCGAAGGGCAGGCGACCGUCGCGGUGACCGUGGUAGCGGUGGGUUGCCGGUGGCAUGUGUGAGGAAGUGGGAGAAUGGUGCUGGUUCGGCAGGCGUGGAUUGCGUGCCGUCCUACCUGGUGGUUGGUGGGCUGGUUUUCAUGCCAUUGACUCUGCCCUGGUUGCUCGCGCGCUUCUCAGAGGCCGUGCUUCCCGGUGCUUUCCUCGAAAGAACCACGUUAGACAUGCACAACGUCCUGCGCGUGUAG